AUGGCGGACGUCGAGUACCGCUGCUUCGUCGGCGGCCUCGCCUGGGCCACCGACGACCAGUCCCUCCAGAACGCCUUCUCCAAGUACGGCGACGUCAUCGACUCCAAGAUCAUCACUGACAGGGAGACGGGCCGAUCCCGCGGGUUCGGGUUCGUCACCUUCGCGUCGGACGAGGCGAUGCGCCAGGCGAUCGAGGCCAUGAACGGCCAGGACCUGGACGGCCGCAACAUCACCGUCAACGAGGCGCAGUCCCGCCGCUCCGGCGGAGGAGGCGGCGGCGGCUUCGGCGGCGGCGGUGGCGGCUACGGGGGCCAGCGCCGUGAGGGCGGCGGCGGCGGCGGCUACGGCAGCCGUGACGGCGGCGGCUACGGAGGCGGCGGCGGCGGCGGCUACGGCGGCAGCCGCGGCGGCUCCGGCGGCGGCAACUGGAGGGAGUGA